CUUUUUUAAGGGAAUAAAAAUAUCCAAUGGCACUUUCAGAGAAGGCAGGAAAACUGAUCGCCGUAAUUGGCGAUGAGGACACAUGCGUCGGCUUCUUAUUGGGCGGCAUUGGAGAACUCAACAAAAAUCGGCAUCCAAACUUUUUGGUUGUUGACAAAAAUACGACUGUGGGCGACAUUACGGACAGAUUCCACGAUUUUGUGAAGCGCAGCGACAUUGACAUAAUAUUGAUCAAUCAAGUCUAUGCUGAAAUGAUCCGUCACGUGUUGGAUACUCACACUACUCCUAUCCCAGCUGUUUUGGAGAUACCAUCCAAGGAUCAUCCGUAUGAUCCUACCAAGGAUUCCAUUCUGCGAAGAGCCAGGGGAAUGUUCUCAUCCGAAGAUUUCCGAUGAGCAAAAAUCAGAAGAUGGUGGGCAAUCCAAGUUUGAUUUCUUGCAAGAACAAAUUACCAGCAGAAUUCUCGGUGGACUAGUUGAACGGAAUAGACGUGUGCAAUUCAUAUGUAUUGGGUUUUGAGAUUAUACGUUAUAUUUGUCAGAUAA